AAUUGAAUUCAUUCGUGCAGCAGACUUGGUAUCGUUCGGUUGUACGUGGUAUCGUUCCGCUCGUGUUUGUCGUGACUUGUCGGACAAAAGUUUUGUUUUGCUGAUCCCGGGGCUCGCGUUUUGAUUCCCGCAUUCGGUGUGUGUAAUUUAUAGUGCAUUUGCCAGUGCCAGUGCCAGUGCCAGUGUGUGUUGUGUGUAGGUGGAGAACUGCGACAGUGAAGACGAAAGUGAGCACAGCUGGCCGUGAGAGAGAAAUACUGCAAAGAAGAAAGUGAGAUUUUAAAUUUAGAAAUAAACAAACAACCAAAAAAACAGUGUCAGUUUCAGUGCGAAAUUUUGGGACCGUGUUUAUUCGCGGCUAUGAUUCAAUAGCGAAUAUUUUUAAUGUUAUUUCAUCACCAUUACCAUCGGAUGAAACGGGAAACUGCGCCGAACAUGACGGUCGCAAUUUUUUGACGGUCGGUCGGUCGGUUUCAACAAUAAAACACUAAGUGAAGAAACAAAAAGCUGAACAUCAUCAUCCCGAAGGUUUCAAGUCUUCUUCGAACGUCAACACAUUCGGGUCCCGGUCGAAGAUAGGAAGAGAAAAAAAGCUCGAAGGUAGUGCAAAACAAAAAAAGAUAGAAAAAGCUAGCGAUAGCAAAAAAUUAAUUUAGUGCGAGAUCAGAAUAGUGAAAAUCUAAUCCCUCCGCCGUCUAACCGACUAACGAACUCGGAAUCGAAACUCGCGGGCGCGCGGUGAAAAAAGCAAUUUGUCAUUUGAUCGAUGUGACAGGAAUAAGCGAUGACCAUAAGCAGCGGCGGCGGCGGCGACGGCACAUCUCUCCGGUGGUUAGUGUCCGGCAGCGACGAGCGAAGAGGAGGACGACAACGCCGGUAAGAAAAACGGUGACCAAAAUGCCGUUUUAGCUGCUGAGAGAGAGACCACGCAGCGCACACAUAGCAGUAGCGGUUCGCUUUCACUGAUCGGUUUUUCGGUUCGGUUCGGUGUCACACAGUAGGCAGUGUCGUUGCCAUUGUGUUGUUCGUGCGUAUGCGUAUCGUAUCGUGUAUGUGAAACCCCUUCCUCCUCCCGUCCGCGACGGUUGUCAACGAAACGACGGUAGCGCUGAUUGUGGGAACAAGCAGAGAAAGGAGCAAAAUAUAGUGAAGGGCGGAAAUACGCCGAAAAAAAAGCUCAUACCGGAUCAGUGACAACUUGAUGGAGUUGCAUAGGUGUACCCAAAAGUGACAUAAUAUCUCGGGAAGAAGAUAAGAGGUAGAGGAAAAACGAAAGGAAGGAUUGACUCGCUCCGGCACCGCACAGUGCAUAGUUGGGCGCGAAUGUUCAGGGUAAAAGAGGCGCGAGUGGCAUUUUAAAAAGGCCUUACAAAACGGUUCAGUUGUGAAUGUGAGUAAUCGUAGCGAAAAGUCCGUCAGUAACAAACAAGGCAGCUGAAAUGGGUUUCUCAUCGGCGCUGCAAGGCCGGGCGGCGCACGAAGCGCUUCUAAACCGUCAGGAGGCGGAACUGAAGCUGCUAGAAACGAUGAAACGUUGCAUGAUCCAGAAGAGCAAGUGCGACAAGGAGUACGCGACAUCGCUGGCGGCCGUCACCCAGCAGGGACUGAAGAUCGAUCGCAGCGAUGAUCUGCAGGGAAGUCAUGUAACCCGUGCCUGGCGAUUAUACCUGGAGGAACUCGAGCACACAGCCAAACAGAUAAAGGCGAAUGCCGAGCAGCUGGACGCCGUAUGUCUGGAAAAGCUGACCCAUCUGUACCAGGAGAAACGUCGGGUCCGGAAGCAGUACCAGGAGGAGCACACCAAGAUUGCAACGAAAUUUAGCCAUAUUACCGAGGAUGUUGCCCGGAAGAAAACCGAAUAUCAGAAGCAUCUGGAGUACUACAAACUGCUGAGGGGCCGGUUCGAGGAGAUUAUCAAAUCGGGCAGAUCCGGCCGCAAAUUGGAUGACGUGAUCGACAAGUACCAGAAGGCCUGCCGAAAGCUUCACCUGGCCCACAACGAGUACGUGCUGCUGUUGAGUGAAGCCGCCGAAGUGGAGAAGGACAUCCGGACCAUUCUGCUGCCCGGACUGCUGGAGCACCAGCAGUCCCAGCAGGAAGGCUUUAUUCUGACGUGGCGCAACCUGCUGCAAGAAAUUUCCAAACUGGGCGAUACCACGUCGGAGAAGUUUGUCGAAAUUCAGAAACGGAUAGAGUCCAACAUCAGUGGCAUCACGCCGGCAGAGGAAUACCGGGAAUUUACCGAGAAACACAAAACCACACCCACCGCACCGGUGCUGUUCCACUUCGACGAAUCACUGGUCGAAGACAGUCUGGGAAAGCUGCAAGCCAACACACUGACGGUGGAUAAUCUAACGGUGGAUUGGCUCAAAGCCCGUCAAACGGAACUGGAGGGAUCGAUUAAGGACUUGCAGGAAACGCAAGGCAAACUGUGCCAGGAGAACGGUGUUAACGGAACUGCGACCAACAACGGAACGGGAAAUGGUAGUGGUAGUGGCAGUGGUUCCAGUCCAUCGUCGACACCGAUACUGAAUGGAUCGAAUGGGACCGCCUGUAAGGAUAGUAGUAAUAAGAAUUCCAAGGAACUGAUUGCGAUGCGCUGCCAGGAACGACAAAUGCAGAAACAGGUUGAAAUGAUUCGUGCUGCCCUGAACGACGUUGGCUGCGAGGAACUGCCUUCCGGUUGUGAUGACAUUUCAUCGAUGGAACAUCUGAUCGAGAAUAAGAAAUCGGUUAGCCAGGAUUUGUCGGAGGACUUGCACAGUUCCUCUUUGAUGCCAUUCUUCGCUUCCAAAGGAGCGGCCGGUGGUGUUAUGUCACUAAUCCGGGACCAGUUUCGACGCAAAUCCGGUCCAGCGGCUGCAGCAGCGAAAGAAAACGGUGUCACUCCGGUGGCAACACCUCGCAGCGGACAUCGGCUGCGCAACGGCACCGGCAACGGUCCCAGUCAGGCAUCCUCCACGAUGACGCUCUCGACCAACCGGCCACUGUACGAGGAGGAAUGGUUCCACGGGGUAUUGCCCCGCGAGGAGGUCGUCCGGCUGCUACGUAACGAGGGAGACUUUCUGGUCCGCGAGACGACCCGGAACGACGAAAGCCAAACCGUACUGAGUGUCUGCUGGAACGGACACAAGCACUUUAUCGUGCAAACGACGGCGGAGGGUCACUUCCGCUUCGAAGGUCCGGCAUUUCCCAGCAUACAAGCACUGAUCAUACACCAGUACCAGUCGGAGCUGCCGGUGACAGGCCGUUCCGGAGCAGUACUUCGCAAGCCAGUAUUAAGGGAACGCUGGGAGCUUAGUAACGACGAUGUGAUACUCUUGGAUAAGAUCGGUCGGGGAAACUUUGGUGACGUCUACAAGGCUAAACUGAAGUCCUCGAAAAACACACUGGUUGCGGUGAAAACCUGCAGAAUGACGCUACCCGAAGAACAGAAGCGAAAGUUCCUGCAGGAGGGACGCAUCCUCAAGCAGUACGAUCAUCCGAACAUCGUCAAAUUGAUCGGAAUCUGCGUGCAAAAGCAACCGAUCAUGAUCGUGAUGGAACUGGUUUCCGGAGGCUCGCUGUUGAUGUUUCUCCGGAAGAACUCGACCACGCUGGCCCAGAAACAACUGAUUGCCAUGUGCCGUGAUGCGGCAGCAGGAAUGCGGUACCUGGAAUCGAAAAAUUGUAUUCACCGGGAUCUGGCUGCCCGUAACUGUUUGAUUGGAAACGAGAACAUCGUUAAAAUUUCCGAUUUCGGAAUGUCACGCGAGGAAGAGGAAUACAUUGUGUCCGGUGGAAUGAAGCAAAUUCCGAUCAAAUGGACGGCACCGGAGGCAUUGAAUUUUGGCAAAUACACCUCCCUGUGCGAUGUGUGGUCCUACGGCAUUCUGGUUUGGGAGAUUUUCAGCCGGGGAGACACCCCGUACUCCGGUCUAAGUAAUUCGCGAGCACGUGAACGGAUCGACGAAGGUUAUCGUAUGCCGGCACCGGAGAAUACACCGCCGGAGAUGUACCGACUGAUGUUGAAAUGCUGGUCGUACGAACCGGAAAAUCGUCCCCACUUCGACGAAAUCUUCACCGUCGUCGAUGCGCUGAUGCUGUGUGCCAAGGACUAGCGAAUGGCCCCCCAAGGGUCCGUUGAACAACAACUACUACUACGGAAGCAUCGAUCGAAGAAAUGUCUUUCUUGCAGCCGAAAGCUGCCACCGUCGGACGCUAGCAGAAAGCAUUGGCGUCAGCGGCAGAAAACAUCACCGCCCAGCGUGGGCUCCCGGUACUUGUGCUCGUCGGUGGUGAUGUUUGCUGCCAAAGCCUGAACGCUAACUGGAACUGUUCAGUUUUUUUUAUUAUUAUUAAUAAUCAUUGUUGUUUUAACUUAUUUCUAAGUUAGCAUAGUAUUAUGUUGAAUAAAAGCGAGAUUUUAAUUGAUGAAAAGUCCCCCUCCCGCCCUACAACGAAACUGCGUCGAGCAAGUGCAAAUGAAACGAGAUUCGAGAUUGAGAACCGGUCAUUUAGAUAGAUAGCUAGGUUAGGUAGGUAGGUAGGUAGGUAGCUAGGUUUGUUUAUAAGGAGCGAGUUCGAAUGUGGCCAAAAAGCUGAGAAAUGCUUGCUUAGAUAGGAGUAUGUUGUGAUACGAACUGGAAUUUCAUCUGUCGGUAGCUAAUUAUUAAGGGAACAUGCUAGCAAAACAAAAAAAAACGCACUGUUCAUCACGCAUUAUAGUUCUAAACCAGUAAAGUGGCUCAUUGACGGUCGGUCGAUACACGAAUAAGUUAAUAAACGUUGUAAGCAUUAAUAAUGAAACGCACAAAUCUACUGGUAAAUGUCCAUAUUUCUAGGGCCACUACAAUAGAGUAAACAAAGAAAACAUUAAUGGUUUCCUAAACAUGUCAUGUCAUUAAUUCUGAAAGUAAACGUAUGCCAUUGCGACAUGGAAUGGAGACAGGAGCGUAUUUAAUACGGUGAGUUAAGCGGAAGUUGCGACUUGGUUGAGAAUAAUAUCCUACGGUAACAGAAACGCUGCUUCGCAGAAUGCAACCUUGUCUGUAAAACUAGGCCCACGAAUUUAAUCUUGCUGCAAAUCAAAAUACCCUGUAAUAAUAUUUACACACAAUAUUAAAAGUAUCGAUCAUAUUUUAUUAAAAAGGA